UCCUCUCGCUCUUGAACUGGGUUCACACGGCCCCGUGGACUGCGGCGUGGCAGGAACUACACCACCCAGAAUACUGCGCGCCGAGCGCGCCGGGGCCUUGGACUAAUCAGUGCGAGCGCGCGGUACGUCAGAGCGGAAACUUCCGGCGCCUUUCCGGUGGUGGUCAUUUUGGCUGCCAGCAUGCGCGUCCGCCCGCCAGGCGGUUCCGGCUCGCUGGGUCCGGGCCAGGAGGUGGUGCCCGCCCGCAGAGAAUCGUGCCUGGUCCCGGUCCGAGCGCCUCCCGGCGAUCUGCCACUGCACGCCCGCCGGAUCCCGGGCUUCACCGCGCGCCUCUCCAGGCCCCGCCCCGCCCAAGGUCCCAUGGAUGCGGCAGCGCCGGUGAAUCCACUGCAGGGCCAUGUGACCUUUGAGGAUAUUGCUGUGUACUUCUCCCAGGAGGAGUGGGGCCUCCUUGAUGAAGCUCAGAGGUACCUGUAUCAUGACGUGAUGCUGGAGAACUUUUCGCUUAUGACCUCAGUGGGUUGUUUGCAUGGAAUAGGGGCUGAGGAGGCCCCUUCUGAGCAGAUUGUUUCUGUAGAAGGAGUGUCACAGGCCAGGACUCCCAAGCCAAGUUCUUCCAUCACAAAUGCUCAUUCCUGUGAGAUGUGUAUCCUGGGCAUGAAAGACAUUUUGUACCUCACUGAGCACCAGGGAACACUUCCCUGGCAGGAACCUUACACUUCUGCAGCCAGUGGGAAAUGGUUUUCAUUUGGUUCUAACCUGCAACAGCACGGAAACCAGCACAGUGGAGAGAAACACAUCAGAAAGGAGGACAGCAGUGCCUUCCUUCUGAGUAGCUGCAAAAUUCCUCUGCCAGACAAUCUUUUCCCAUGCAAAGAUGUUGAGAAGGAUUUCCCAACCAUCCUGGGCCUUCUCCAGCACCAGACCACCCACAGCAGAGAAGAGUAUGCACAUAGAAGCAGGGAGACCUUUCAACAAAGACACUGCAAAUGGAGCAAAUGUGAGCAAGUUUUCAGUGAGAAGGUUCAUGUUACUGAUCAUCAGAGAGUCCACACUGGAGAAAAAGCUUAUAAACACAGGGAAUAUGGGAAAUCCUUGAACUCUAAACACUCAUUUGUUGAACACCAGAGAACCUAUAAUGCAGAAAAGCCUUAUGUGUGCAAUAUAUGUGGGAAAUCAUUCCUCCAUAAACAAACACUCGUUGGGCACCAGCAGAGAAUUCACACUAGAGAAAGGUCUUAUGUAUGCAUCGAAUGUGGGAAAUCCUUGAGCUCCAAAUACUCACUUGUGGAACACCAGAGAACACAUAAUGGAGAAAAGCCUUAUGUGUGCAAUGUAUGUGGGAAAUCAUUCCGCCACAAACAAACAUUUGUUGGGCACCAGCAGAGGAUCCAUACCGGAGAGAGGCCUUAUGUAUGUAUUGAAUGUGGGAAAUCUUUUAUUCAUUCCUAUGACCGCAUUCGACACCAGAGAGUUCACACUGGAGAAAGGGCUUAUCAAUGCAGUGAAUGUGGGAAAUCUUUCAUAUACAAACAGUCACUUCUUGAUCACCAGAGAAUCCACACGGGAGAAAGGCCUUAUGAGUGCAAAGAAUGUGGGAAAGCCUUCAUCCACAAAAAAAGACUUCUUGAGCACCAGAGAAUUCAUACUGGAGAAAAGCCUUAUGUGUGCACCAUAUGUGGGAAAUCAUUUAUCCGCUCAUCUGACUACAUGCGACACCAGAGAAUUCACACUGGAGAAAGGGCUUAUGAAUGCAGUGAAUGUGGGAAAGCCUUCAUUUCCAAACAAACACUUCUUAAGCACCGCAAAAUCCACACUAGAGAAAGGCCUUACGAAUGUAGUGAAUGUGGAAAACGCUUCUUCCUUGAGGUUAAACUUCUUCAGCACCAAAGAAUCCAUAUUAGAGAACAACUUUAUGAGUGCAAUGAAUGUGGAAAAGUGUUCAGCCAUCAAAAAAGACUUCUUGAGCACCAGAAAGUUCACACUGGAGAAAAGCCCUGUGAGUGCAGUGAAUGUGGGAAGUGCUUUAGACACCGCACCAGCCUCAUUCAACACCAGAAAGUUCAUAGUGGAGAGAGGCCUUAUAACUGCACUGCAUGUGAGAAGGCCUUUAUCUAUAAAAACAAACUUGUUGAGCAUCAGCGAAUCCACACUGGAGAAAAGCCAUAUGAGUGUGGUAAAUGUGGGAAAGCCUUCAACAAAAGAUAUUCCCUUGUCAGGCACCAGAAAGUUCAUACAAGAGAAGAGCCCUAGCAGUGUUGGGAUGUGCCAUUAUCUUAUCCAGUAUAACACACCAGAGAGCCGAUUUUUCAAGGGGUCCAACGAUAGAAAUUGAACCUCAUAUAUCUGCAUAUCAAUGCUUGAAAGAUUCACUACAAGGUCCAAGUAUUUGGGUAGCUUUCUGGAGAUUACUUGUACUUUCUAAUCUGCCCAGUGUUACAACAGACAUUAUUACCAUGUGGCAUAUCCUUAUAGUUUUCAUCAGUCACUCACGUGUGCCCAGGGAAUGCAGAUAUUUUUGCUCAUCCAAUUCUGAAGGGAAUAAUGAAUAAUAAAAAGCUUAUUGAGGGUCCUCUUCCAUCUUGCUGAACUGAUCGAGGCAUAGACAAAACUCAGCUUUGACCAAGAAGAGUGAUCUGGAUUCUUGUAGCCCAUGGAGGUUUACCUUCUUCAUAGGUUUUUUUUUUUUUUUAAUGUGAUGGCCAUGGUAGGUAGGAUAUUCCCUCCUACACAUUACUGAAGACGGAAGUGGACUGUCUCACUCUGUGCUGAUGUAUGUGUUCUGCCAGUGUGAAGGGUGAACAGCUCGAAUUUUCUGUGCCAAGGACAUAGUAUGAAAUCAGAAAAUAGUUCUUAGUCCUGUUUGUCUUAAUUUUUAUUGGUUUCAAAGGUCUCCUAGGAAAGACAGCAGAGCUUCAUGGUCCUAAUCAUGGUGUUGAUGCCAAAUUUAUUUUUAGGUCCAGAGGUCUCCUUGAGAAAAGGCAUUUGUGACAAACUCAAGUGCUGGGAUCUGCAUGAAUUGUUUAUUUGCAGUGAUGCUCCAUAUUUCCUAACAUUGUUCAUGGCAUCUUAUUUCCCAGAUCUUUCAUUGUAGCCAUGAGCACUAAAGGACAAAAUUGGUAGGCAGGUCACUAGUUUUAAGACCUUCUGGGGCCAGGUGAGAACAAUAGUUGGCCCAGACAGAUAGGUGUGAUAAAUAGAGUGGAAAAGAUUCUAGCCAAGAAGAGUAAAUGUGUUCCAUCCAAAAGUACAUCCAGAAAUAUCUAUGUUAAUGUGGCUUCAUGGUUUGGUGGUAUACAGAGAUUCUCAGGACCUCAGAUCUUUGUUUCUCCUUUGGCAACAGUCAUCGUCAGAAUAAGUCAUCUAAAGAUUUUGUGGACUCCCAUAACUUCUGUACUGUUUUUGAGAUGAUUGCCGCACAAGCAGGAAAGCAAGAUUUGAAUGAACAUAGACCUUGCCUUCCAGAUAUGGGGUUUUGGUGAUUCAACCAGAUCUGUUGUGCCAGUUAGGAAUUAUCUUCGUUACUUCCCAUUUGUUGCUGCUGCUGAGAAGUCUGUCCUUCCUAACUUGUGAGGAGAGGAAUCUUUAAUAAUAAGUAAAUCUUGUGUUA